CUCGAACACGCGACGUCCUUGGAGGUACCACCAGCCUGGCUCGUGGAUUGUACUGUACUACACUCACGCGGGACAUCAGCACUACAGCUCGACGAUGACCUCCUAGGACGCCAACACUGCGGGCGAAACAGUUCAAGAUGGACGCACCCGAGGACGAGCAGGAUGUGAAGCUGCAGAGAAAGGCGGCGGACCUCAUCGCAGAUCUUUCGAAGUCAUUGGGACCGUUCCUGUGGAAAGCAACCAAGUCGGGCAGAUCAGCCACCAGGCGACGAGUGCGCAUACGGGAUACCGACAGGCUGGUCAACUUGCUCGAGCCGUUCCAAGAAGAUCCUCAACUUCUCGACCCCCACCUCGACAAAUUCGUCCCUGCCCUCGCGGACGCCCUCCUCGCAUACCUCCGAUCCCCACCCUCGAAACUCCCAGAGACAAAUACCCAGCUGCUGAUACCACUCUCGAGAGCAAUAUGCAGGCUUCUGUACACAUUCUGCAAGGUCAGAGGAGAGAAGGUAAUUGUCAGAUUCUUCAGCACCGAGACAAGGCAUCUCGAACUACUGCUAUCUGCAAUCGAGAAAGGCAGUGAGCAGGAGCAUGGACAGUCUGCCAACCUGGAGACUGCGGAUUCGUGGGAAUGGAAAGAGAGAUAUAUUGUCCUUCUAUGGCUCUCCCAGUUGCUGCUGGCUCCGUUUGACCUGGCGUCCAUUUCAUCGGAAGACACCGAUGAUAUUGUUGAACCGAUGAUUCCUGGACUGCCAUGGCCUCGAAAUACCCCUGGACUUACAAUCCGCGUCAUUGCAAUGGCUCUUCGGUAUCUCUCGUCGUCGGGUAAGGAGAGAGAUGCUGCCAAGAUCCUUCUUGUCCGCGUUGCCAUGCGAAAAGACAUGCAAGAACUCGGCAUCUUGAAAGCGUUGGUGCAAUGGGCUUUUUGCUCUCUCAUUUCUUCACAAUCAGGCCAUUCAACCUAUUACUACAUUGGCAUUCUUUCAUUCCUUGCAGGCAUUCUUGUUUCGUCUCAGAGUACAACAGACAUGAAUCCUUAUCUGGAGAAGAUUUCCAGAUGCAUUCAAAAUAUAUCUUCCGGCGAAGAGCCUGUCUUCAAAACUAUUAGAUCGUCGGCGGUCGCGCGAAAGACGAUGCUCAAGGUGCUCCGUACCAUUACUGUUCUUAUCAUUGAAAACCCUGAUAGCAUUCCGGAUCCCGACCUGGCCAUCGAAGCUACAAUUGAUCACCUGUUGGAUUCUCUUGCAGACCCAUCGACUCCUGUUCGACUUGCGGCCAGCAAGGCUUUGAGUGUCAUUACGUUGAAGUUACCUGAAGAAAUGGCCGUUCAGGUUGCAACCGCCGUUCUUGAAAGUCUCCAGAAAAACACUUUGUACGUGCAAAAAGGUGGCCACAAGAGGAAGACACGGGACUUGUCUCGUGUGAAUCCGCUGGAAUGGCAUGGCCUCAUGCUCACCAUGGCACAUCUCCUGUAUCGUCGCUCUAUACCCCCAGGCGAGUUACCUCCUAUUCUCGAUGCUCUUCGCCUGGGCUUGGUUUUUGAACAGCGGUCUACCUCCGGAUCUUCAAUUGGCACUAAUGUUCGUGAUGCGUCGUGCUUCGGCAUCUGGGCAAUGGCCCGCAGAUACACAACAGUUGACUUACAGAGGCUCAAGCUCAAAGAUGAUGUCUUUAUCCGUGGUGGUCCAAUCAAUGAGUCCUCGGCAUUGCAGAUACUGGCAACUGAAUUGGUCGUCUCCGCAUCACUUGAUCCAGCAGGGAACAUCCGGCGAGGAUCAUCUGCUGCACUCCAGGAGCUUAUCGGACGCCAUCCGAAUAUCAUAGUAGAAGGCAUCAAAAUUGUCCAAGUCGUUGACUACCAUGCUGUGGCUCUUCGGUCAAGGGCUGUACUGGAAGUUGCAUUGCAAGCUGGCGAACUGUCGGGUCAUUACUACCAUGGUCUCCUCAAUGCAUUGCUCGGCUGGCGUGGAAUCCGAGAUGGGGAUGCGACUGCACGACGUGUGGCUGCCGACGCUAUUGGGAAACUUGUCUUGACUAAACAAAUGACGAGUAUUACGAAGCCGGGCGACACCUGGAAAGUGGUGAAUGAUGCAAUGGACAUCGUCGGAGAGCGUCUGAAAGCUCUUGCAGCUCGGGAGGUCGAGGAACGACAUGGUCUGAUACUCGCCUUGGCGGCUAUCAUUGAGAAUUUCAAUUACGAAUGCACUACGGAACGCAUCGCAUCUUUAAUUGAUUCUGGCCUAGAAUACCCCAGGCUUUUUCAACUGGUUGUUCCUGCUGGUGCAGAACUCGAAGUGCAUACGAGCCCAAAUUUCGGAAGAUGCGACCUUGCCCACAUUGUCUCCAUCGCUCUGACUCAGGUACGCUCGGCCUUGGUAGAGGUCAACAUGUAUUGGAGCAGUUUUAGAAAACUCGAUUUGAUGGCAGAGUCGUGCAGCCGGAUCAUCAUAGCUGUUUGUCCAAUUUUGCGCGCUGAUUGCGUCUUUCGGCAAUACGAAUCACUAGCAGUCGUCGGAACACACUCUGGGAAUCGCCUUUCAUUAUCUCGCUGUGAACCCUCAAAAGCUGACCUCACUCUCCUCGAAUACCUUCACAACACUUCCUUUUUAACGGAAAUUGAUCAUUCGGAAAUGGGCCUCGCCGUCAAAUUCAUCCAGAUGGCUCAUAUGAAGGAUUUCCUUCCCGAUCCGCAGACGAUGAAGCUCAUACGUCCAUUGCUCUACAAUAUACUCGACCUCAACGACAUUGGCGCAGUAGAGGUGGCAUCAGUCGCUGCUGCGGAUCUAGUACUGCUGAUCGAUAAUCAUGAUCAUCAACGCUCGGAUACUUUAUGGGAAUUCAAUCGUCGUGCAGCAACGACAGUCAAAGGUGGUCGCACGAAUCAGGGAAAAUCAUACAUUCAUGCUCUCUUCAAAAUAUUUCCGUUGGCAGGCAUAUCAUCCCUAGAGCAAUACGACGAUGGCGACACCUACGCUCACCCACGAACGGCUGACCUCAUAUCGACCUUUUGGCAUCGAUGGACCGAAUUUCAAGAGGUCGAGAUUCAAGCCACGAUCCUCAGCUGCUUGGCAAGCAGCAGCGCCCUCCACACACAUACUGCUGAUUUCGUUAACAUGAUCGGCGAGGGUCUAGAUAAUUAUACGACGAAUGCGCGUGGCGACAUUGGAUCCUUGGUCCGCAUCGAAGCUACUAAAGCUGCGCGUGCUAUCUGGGGAACCCCUACCUUGGAUGAGAUUAAGUUGGACGCGUUCAAGAAGCUGUUUGGCAAAGUUCUCCGAGCAGCAUCGGAGAAGCUUGAUCGUGUCCGCGUUGAAGGACAGAAAGCCGUUGCGUGUGCGCUAAAAAGGCGCACUGACAUUGUACAAAACACAAACUCAAAAUUCGAGUCCUUCUCCACCUCAUCUAAGGAGUAUUUCUUGUUCCUUUUAGAGCUGCAGACAAGCGACUGGCUAGCUCAUGGAUCAUUGUUCCGGGACGACGCAGUCGAAUGGGCGAGGGAGUUCAUGGAAGGAUAUAUCACUUCAGCCGACACAGGAUCCGAAGAUCUGAUACGGGCAAGCCGUGCCGCACUUGCCGAGUUCUGUGAAAUGGGACACACAGCCAUUGUAUACGACUCCCUUAGUCGGAUAUUGGAGACACGGCCCAACGAAGACAGAGUCGCCAUUCCGUGUCUCGAAGCCUUGAGCUUCCUCUUCGAUUGGGGGUACCUGCAGAAGAUGAACCGCAGCUUCGACGACCUGAACCGACUGGUCAAGAAUGCGAUGCAGCGCAAGGGCAAGAUUGGCAUCCGCCGAUUGGAAGCUUGUAUUAAGGUCUUUGCUGGCCUGAAUGACCCAGAUGCGCUGGAACAAUUGGCCCGUCUUGCACUCCACAGGUUCCCUACAAUCAGAAAUGCUGCUAUCGAUGAGUGCUUCGUUCUCAAAGGUGUGGGAAAGGGUGUGAAUUGGGCAAAGGCGGGCAAGGCGGAUGAGCUUGCGCUCCGAGGGGCGAUGGGACUGAAGAUAUAGAUAGCUUGUACGAGGAGCCACUAGAACAUUGCUGAAUAGAAAACUAGACUGACUCUCCC